CGCGGCAAGCCUGGCAGAGGCGCGAGGCCCUCCUCCCGCCUCUCCGCCUACUCCAGCCUCCGCCGCCUCAGCUUCCCGAGCGAGCCCUGCGGCCGCCGGAGCAGCUCCCGCGGCGGAGCAGGAGCCGGAUGGUCAGAGGAGCCCGGCAGCCCCAGCAGCCGCGGAGUCGCCUGGCCCCCAGACUGACUGGCACAGUGGAGAAACCGCCUCGAAAACGGAGAAGCAGUAUCAGAGGUUCUGGUGAUAGCAGUCAUUCACAAUCUCAAGGGGAAAGAUAUCAACAUUUCACUGAAAAGACUGAAUUUGCUCUUAAAGAAAUCAUGUCCUCUGGAGGUGCUGAAGAUGAUAUCCCACAGGGAGAGAGGAAAACAGUUACAGAUUUUUGUUAUCUUCUGGAUAAAUCUAAGCAACUGUUCAAUGGGUUAAGAGAUUUGCCACAAUAUGGACAGAAGCAGUGGCAGUCCUAUUUUGGAAGAACUUUUGAUGUUUACACCAAACUCUGGAAGUUCCAGCAGCAGCAUCGACAAGUCUUGGAUAAUCGGUAUGGCUUGAAGCGCUGGCAAAUAGGAGAAAUUGCUUCCAAGAUUGGGCAGCUAUACUAUCAUUAUUACUUACGCACAUCUGAAACCAGCUAUCUGAAUGAGGCUUUUUCUUUCUAUUCUGCAAUCAGACAGAGAUCAUAUUAUUCUCAAGUCAAUAAAGAGGACAGACCUGAAUUGGUAGUUAAGAAGUUACGAUAUUAUGCAAGAUUUAUAGUAGUUUGUCUUCUUCUCAACAAAAUGGAUGUUGUAAAGGAUCUGGUAAAGGAAUUGUCAGAUGAAAUUGAAGAUUAUACUCACCGAUUUAAUACUGAAGAUCAAGUGGAAUGGAACUUGGUGCUUCAAGAAGUAGCAGCUUUCAUUGAGGCGGAUCCUGUAAUGGUAUUAAAUGAUGAUAAUACCAUUGUUAUCACAUCGAAUCGCCUUGCUGAAACAGGAGCUCCAUUGCUGGAACAGGGCAUGAUUGUGGGACAGUUGUCUCUGGCUGAUGCACUCAUUAUUGGUAAUUGUAAUAAUCAGGUUAAGUUCAGUGAACUAACUGUUGACAUGUUCCGGAUGUUACAAGCUCUGGAAAGGGAGCCAAUGAAUUUAGCUUCCCAGAUGAAUAAACCAGGAAUGCAGGAAUCAGCUGACAAGCCUACUAGACGAGAAAACCCCCACAAGUAUCUGCUCUACAAACCAACCUUCAGCCAACUAUAUACCUUCUUAGCAGCAUCUUUUAAGGAGCUGCCUGCCAAUAGUGUGCUUCUAAUUUACCUGUCGGCCACUGGCGUUUUCCCCACAGGUCGUUCUGAUAGUGAAGGUCCUUAUGAUUUUGGAGGCGUACUUACUAAUAGUAACCGGGAUAUUAUUAAUGGAGAUGCCAUCCACAAACGAAAUCAGUCCCACAAGGAAAUGCACUGCCUUCAUCCCGGGGAUCUCUAUCCUUUCACCAGGAAGCCCCUGUUCAUCAUUGUGGAUUCGUCUAAUAGUGUUGCGUACAAGAAUUUCACAAACUUGUUUGGACAGCCACUAGUCUGCUUGCUUUCUCCUACAGCAUAUCCAAAAGCUUUACAAGAUCAAUCUCAGCGAGGUAGCCUCUUCACUCUCUUUUUGAACAAUCCUCUAAUGGCCUUCCUAUUUGUCUCUGGAUUGUCAAGCAUGCGCAGAGGCCUAUGGGAAAAGUGUCAAGAAUAUCUUCGAAAAAUCAACCGUGAUAUUGCCCAGCUACUGACUCAUUCACGUUCAAUAGAUCAGGCAUUUCUCCAGUUUUUUGGAGAUGAAUUUCUUCGCUUGCUCCUCACAAGAUUUAUCUUUUGUUCAGCCACCAUGAGGAUGCACAAGAUUUUUCGGGAAACACGAAAUUAUCCAGAAUCAUAUCCACAACUGCCAAGGGAUGAAACAGUGGAGAAUCCUCAUCUCCAGAAGCACAUUUUGGAAUUAGCAUCCAUUCUGGAUGUUCGAAACGUGUUCUUUGAGAAUACCAUUGAUGACUAUUAAAACAAAAACCCUGUUGUCGAAACAAGUUUUCAUUUUCCACAAAUUUUAAAUGGUGCAGUUUUCUAAUGUGAUAAGACACAUAGUGGUGUUACUUAGUUUUUAUUUUUUAAUUUAGGGCCACCAUUUUAAAAACAAACUGAGAGAAAAAAUGUUCACACUUUUAGGGUAACUGUUUUAAAAUGCAACCUUUCAGGUCUUUUAAAAUCUUAACCUUGGAAUUUUUAUUUUUUGAUUUUGAGGGAUGGAUAUUUACCUCCAACUUCUAAUCCUACACUCAAAUAGUCACUAUUCUCACCCUGAGAAGAGUAAAUCAUUUAUUUUUGUAUAAUGAGGUAAAUCCAACUCUUAUACUUGGACCUAAGUUAAAUGUCUGGAUUUGGAAAUAUGUAAUGGUUCAUAAUGAUGAAGCUAGCCACCAUGGACUACUGAAAAUCAAGAACAGAGUCCCUCCAUAAUAUAUUUUUUCUCAUUCCAACUUAGCUGGUAGAAAAAUGUUUGAUUCUUUGAAACAUGAUCAAGCCAGUUUUUGAAAUCAUUUCUUUCAAUACUGUCAUAAUUUCAGAAAUUGGAUUGAAUUGCAUCUGAAAGCUAGAUCUUAAUUGAGGACUUGAGGUGGUAAUAUUACUUGGAAUGUAUGAGUAUUAUGAGAUUUAUUUGCAUAUUUUCUUUGUAGUCUGUGAAUGCUGGAAAUGAAAAAGGAAACAACUUUGAAAUAUUUUAGUCAAAAAACCAUGUCAUUGGUUUCAUAAUACAAUGUCUCCAAUAGGAAUUCUAUUUAAACUCUUGGUUUAUGAGAUCACAUUUAAAGACUGGAUUGAUGUCUGUGGCAUAAAGUUUUAAUUUUUUGCCUCAUUCAAAUUUAUGAGACUUCAAAGUCAUAGAUGUUUUAAAUUUUGGUAAGGGGUAACUGGGUGUUAUGAAACCUAAAAUGUAAGUUGAUUUUGCAUUGGUAAUUUGGAAAUAAGAUUUAUUAACAUUCCCUGUAUUUAGUAUUUUAUAUUCAUGCACAAAAUUUUUAUUAUCUUAAAUAGGACUCAGUGUAUAUUAUAAAGAUUUUUCUUUUUUGUGUUUUCCUUCCCUGUCAUUCCCUUUAUAAUUUCACAGUCACUUGCUAUGAAGUCCUCCCUCCUUUUUGAUUACUCAGCAUUCAAUUUCAGAAAUCUAUGAAUGAAAAGGCCUUAUACCGAAUUUUCUGUACAGGAUCACAUCUGGCAGUCCCAGGAGAAGUGAGCUGAUUGCUUUUGAUAUCUCUUUCCCAUGGCCCUAGGUAAAUUAUACCCUAAAUUUAUUUAUUUAUUUUUUUUGAGACAGAGUCUUGCUCUUGUUGCCCAGGUUGGAGUGCAAUGGCGCUCUCGGCUCACUGCAACCUCCGCCUCCCAGGUUCAAGCAAUUUUCCUGCCUCAGCCUCCCAAAUAGGUGGGAUUACAGGUGCCUGCCACCAUGCCCAGCUAAUUUUUGUAUUUUUAGUAGAGACAGGGUUUCACCAUGUUGGUCAGGCUGGUCUCAAACCCCUGACCUUGUGAUCUGCCUGCCUCAGCCUCCCAAAGUGCUGGGAUUACAGGCGUGAGCCACCGCAACUGGCUAUUAUUUUUAACUUGGUUUUCAUUUCUGGCAUAGAGACUAAUUUGGGUCUAAGUUAUUCCCAUUCCUGCUCUGAUUUGCUGAUUUUUCAAACCUGAAGUCCAAAGUUACUGUUUUGGGGUUUGGGGACUUGGGGAGUAUUUUGUUUACUUUUUUUUUUUUUUUAAGAGACAGAGUCUUGCUCUGUUGCCCAGGCUGGGGUGCAGUGAUACAUUCAUGGCUCACUGCAGCCUCAAAUUCCUGGAUUCAGGCAAUCUCACCUCAGCCUCCCAAGUAGCUGGGACUACAGCCAUGCGCCACCAUUCCUGGCUGAUUUUCUUUAUUUUUUAAUUUUUUGUAGAGAUGUGGUCUCACUUUGUUGAGCAGGCCGGCCUCAAACUCCUGGGCUCAAGUGAUCCUCCUGCCUCAACCUCCCAAAGUGCUAGGAUUACAGGUCUGAGUCACUGUACCUGGCCUGUUUACUUUUUAAAAAUAUUUUUGUUUGUUCUUUCAAACAGUAUUUCAGAAAGCUUGGGAAAAGUUACCCUGGAAAGAGAUUUCCUUUGCUAGUGGGUUUUCAUUUUCAGGUAAAGACUGCUUUCCUUUUUUUUUUCAGUAUCUUAAUAAACUUCAUAGCUAUCCUUUAGUAACAGUGUUCAUUGAACUACAGCAAUAGACUAUCUUCAGUUUUCUGACCUCUUGUUUCAAUUCUCCUUAAGUCCUGUGCCAAUUAUGCUCCUAGCAACACAGAGUUUCCUGUCCUCUAAUGUUUAAAAUAGUAUUUAGUGUUCUGAGGUUUAUCCUCCCCUGUUAAGCAUAAAGAACACUGGUCUGAGAACUAGGAAACCUAAGUUCUAGUCCUGGCUUUCCUGGUAACUUAAGUGUUAUGCCCUUUGGCAAGUGUCUUCAUGUCUCUGCUUGUUAGCACUCUCAUCUGUAAAAUGAAGAGGUUGGCCCAGGUCCUUUCCAACUCUGAUUCUGUAAUUUGGACUCUUGGUUCCAAAAAUAUUGAUUUCCCCACUCCAACCACCAAGAGAACUAUUUACCCUGUUUGUAGUGUACACAACAUUUUCUUUUGUAGGUCAUAUUUACCUAGAUUUUGUUCAAGAAAAUCUGGGUCCCACUUAGCUGUUUAAGAAACUAGUACAGACAGAGACUCUUCUGAGGAAAUUAGAGCUUUUAUGAUUAGAAACAUGCUUGUCUAAAAAUGAGGUUCUUAGAAAUCACAACAUUGACCUUUAUGACGUUGCCCGUUAAGCUAAUAGUGUAAUUCCUUACUGGUAGUUAAAAAUCUAAAGUGGACUGAAGUGAUCUUGAAUCUUCAAAGAGAGGAAAACUGUGCUGGAAAAUGUUGUUUCAUUGAUGCCUUCAAAAAAAUGCGUAUUAAACAACGACUAUACUCCAGAUUUUCUUCUGGACAUUGGGGAAGCAAACAAAAUAGACUUAAAAAUCCUCGUGUUCAUGAAGCUUACACUCUAGUAGAAGGAGUAAGGCAAUAUACGUAAGUAAUUUAUGUUAGAAAAUGUUAAGUAGGAUGGAAAAGUGUAGAUUAUGGUAAGGUAAAUCUUGUGUUUGUUUUCUUAAGAACAAUGUUUAAAACAGUGAUCAAGCAGGGCAUGGUGGCAUGCCCCUAUUAGUCCCAGCUACCUGGGAGGCCGAGGUGGGAGGGUCACUUGAGCCCAGGAGUUUGUGGCUGCAGCGAGCUGUGAUUGCACCACUGCACUCCAGCCUGGAUGACAAAGCAAGACCUCGUCUCUGGAAAAAAAGAAAAGAAAAAGUGAUGAUCAGGGUAGGCUUCAUUAGGAAGGUCACAUUUGUAUGAACACUUUGUCUUUUCUUUCUUUUUAUGAAAGUUUUAAACAGUUUUUUUGUUUUUUGUUUUUGAGAUGGAGUUUCGCUCUUGUUACUCAGGCUGCAGUGCAGUGGCAGGAUCUCAGCUCACUGCAACCUCCGCCUCCCGGUUUCAAGUGAUUCUCCUGCCUCAGCCUCCCCAGUAGCUGGGAUUACAGGCAUGUGCCACCACGCCCAGCUAAUUUUGUAUUUUGAGAUGGGGUUUCACCAUGUUGGUCAGGCUGGUCUCGAACUCCUGACUUCAGGUGAUCCGUUGGCCUCGGCCUCCCAAAGUGCUGGGAUUACAGGCAUGAGCCACCACGCCCAGCCUAAACAUACAGUUUAAUAAGCCCUCCUAGUACCUCACCCAGCUUCUGUAUUUCUUUAAUCAAGGGAGAAGAAUUAUCUAAAAGGACAGUUGCCCAAUGGGCUUGAGCUGAUAGUGGCAAAGAAUUUCAUGUUUUAAAAAUGCGUACCACCUGCCCUUUAUAAAUAUAAAAAAAUUUAAGCCCUAAUGUAUUUAAUUUUAUAAUUCAUAAAAAUUUAAAUAUUGGAACUAAGAACAGAGCAAAGCAAAGGGCACUCCUUUAUUUUCAAAUUGCACAAACUCUCCCUGGAGAUUCUGAUAGUCUCUUAUCUCUCUUAAGUACCACUGUAAACAACAUAGAAAGCGUAAGACUGCAAGAAGUCAGUUAUACACAAAACAAAAUGAAGCACAGUGGAAUUUUCUAUUUAUCUGUGUAUUUCUGAAGUUGGUAAAGCAACUAUCCUCUCUAUUUCACAGAAGAGAAAGCUGAGACCCAAAAAGCUAUUCAUAGUGAUAGAGCUAGAACUAAAACUCAGAUCUCCUCAUCUCAGCCCAGUCUUCUCAGUAGCUCAGACUGCUUUCUAUAAUGAACAAGAAAGAAUAAUUAGGGAUUUGUAUUUUGGCACAAAACAGUAUCAAAUUUUUAUUGUAAAAAUCCACAAGUCUGAAAUUUUAUCUUUUAUUCUAGCCAGGGUGUAUUCUUCAUUUGCAUGUGUGUGUUUCUCCUAGUAAGUGGUGCUCUCAAACCUUUCAAAGCACAGAAUAUAUUGUACCCUCUUUAUUUUUACCAAAUUGAAAUGUUUCAGGAUUUCAGAAGCAAAGUGCAAACCAAUUGUGGCUGGAGUUUUCCUGAUAGAGGAUCCGGGUGGUUCCCUCCCCUCCAACUUCUGGCUACUGCCCUUUAUUUCCUUUGUGCAAUAGAAUUCCCUGAAACAGAUUAGGUGGUAAUUAUACUGAAUUUAGUCAGGAUAAUGGGAAAAGCGACAAAUCAGAUUUAUGUAUUAGGUAUUAUGGAGCUUUCUUUAGCACUCUCCUCCAAGUUUAAUCUCUGACACGUGUGAUUUAGUAACUUUCUGUCUCUGAGAAGCAGUUUGGACCCAGCUGAAAAAUUUUAUUUAUGGAGACUUGUAAUCAGCCUGAUACUCAGAGAACAUUCUGGACUGGAAAUAUAGUCAAGUACCAAGGUCUGCUAAUUUGGCCAUUGCCAGUGAUUCAAAACCACCUCCCCACCCUGAGUAAAAGAUUUGAUAUGAAUAUGAAUGCUCUGAGUCUCCUGGUGAUGUUUUGAGUGUAUAUGCUCCUGUGUGUGUCUGGAAAGCAUAGAGGGUAUUUACCUUGAGGGCUCUCUUGUUGAUCUUAUUUAUUUGAAAUUCUUAUUUUAUUUGUAAUGGCAUAUGUAUAUUUUUGUGAUGCUACAUGCAAUCUCUGUGUAUACUUUUUGUAUAUAUGUGUACAUAUUUGUAAAUAUAUUGGUAUGCAAUGAUACAGUAUGUGUAUAUUAUGUACCCAUACCCAUUGUGGGCUGAAUUUAUUUAAGUUCUGUGAGGACAUCCUAGUGGCAUUGUUCAUGCUGCUGUAAUUAGGUUGUGGCUGUAUCUCAUUCAUAAGCCUCUAUUUUGAGGGGCUUGUGUUUGGAUAAAAUGGGCUAAUUUGGAGUUGAAAUUAGGCUAUGAAGAUCUUAACAGAAAGCUGGAUAUUCUUAGCUUUAAAAUCACCUGCAAAUUUUUAUUUAAACUGAUGAUAAAUUAGUGAUAUAACCUGACAAACCUAAGUAUGUGAAACUGAGACACUAGCAGAUUCUUAGGCUGUAGUAGUCCUUUAUUUUCUUGAUCCAUAUUUAAGUAUUAUUACUAAGUAGUAAAUUAUUUAUAUUGGGGCUUAAUAGAGAGGCUGUGGAAAAAAAUUGCUUGAAUCACAUUUAAAAACAUAGGAAAAUGUCCAUUAAAUAGGGGAAAUAUAUUCCCAGUUGUCAUUUUUAUGCCUCAUACUGAAUUUUGAUUUUGAAACAAUUGUUUUUUCAUCAGUGUGCCUCGUUUUAUGUGUCUCUAUGAGGCAGAAAAGGGGGCAUUAGUUAAGGGAUGGCCUAACCUAAGUAGGGUAGGAUUUAAUGAGGAACGGGAGGUUGUUAAUUUGUAUAUUUGCAGCAGCUAUGUUCAAUUUAGUCCUGUCUUGGCAUUUCUGGCUACAGAUUUUUUCUUAUUGGACUUGCAUAUCAAAGGUGAGUAGGCUCAUCUGAGAAAAUGCUUCCACUGAAUAAAAUGCCUCCACUCGUAUUGCUGUGUCUCUAUGAGACCACUUGUGUUCUGCAAGUUGAUGAUAUAUUCGCACAUGAAGUAGAGUUUUUAAUAUUAGAUGCAUGGUGUGCUAUAAAAAUCUGGGCCUUCAAACCUCUCCCAAGGAUGAUAGGGUUGGGGAGGAUAAGAGGAUAGUAAAUACGUGCAGUGCCAAUUUGUGAACCUAUGGAAUGUUGCCAAGUAUCAAUGUUUGGUUACUUCAGUUGACAUUUAUUUGCAUGAAAGAGUGUAGGAGAUGUUUAAUAUACACUUAAAUACAUUCACUGCAGAAAUUAAAUAGAGGUUAUUUUUGCAUGAUAAAAUGUAACUGCAAAGCAACUUUUUAUACCAAUAUUCUUUGGAAGAUUAAAUCUAUCUGAUCCAAUAUUAUAAAAUACAGAAAUUAUCUCAGGAGUCUGUUUUACCACCCAAAAAAAGUUAACAUUUGCUGAUUCAUUAUAUUUUAAAUAAAACAGCCAACUAUUCAUAAGACUUUUCAAUUAUAGUAUUAAAUUUAGAAAUAAUUAUAACAGCCUUUUUCUUGAAUAAAUAUUAAAAUUUGGUAAUUUAUUAUUUCUGAAAAAUCAGUGAAAACAUCCAUAGGAUCUGAUCUUUGUUUGAAUAACGAAAUCAUUGUUUUUGCACUGGAGAGUAGUAGAACAGAUAUUAUACCAUUUAAAAUUCAUGGAACUGACUCAGGCUCCUUGUGCAUAUUAAUUUGAGGACAGUAGUGGUAAUCAAAAGUACAGUAGAAAAGAUUUGACAUUGUGAAUGUGACCUCUGACCCCAACUGUUGUAAAGCCAAUAACUUUGAGGUUGAAUAAGGUAACACUUGCUUAGAAAACCCAGCCCUUUCCCCCUAAUCUCCUGCGCUCUUAUACAUUGAUACUUUACACCUAUUUUUGCUGUACCUCUCAGUCUUUCCUAGAUAAUGGGACCACUUAAAAAAAGUGAUUCAUCUUCCUCAAACCAGAAUUUCAAAGCCUAAUACUACAUUAUGUUCCAGCUUCAUUGAGUUUUGAACAAAAAGACUUGAGCAUGCCUUGUGUUUAAGGAAAAAUAAUUGAUGUGUGAAUAGAAUCAAUCACCUAUUAAUGGGAAGGGUGUCAGGAUGAUGUAGGGUGAUAUGCCUUUAAUUGGGUAAAGAGAACUGUAUUAAGUAUAACUAAUUUAAUCACUGAUUGAAGCACCAUUCUUAAUUUUAAAAUAUUUUUGUUAAUUUCUUUUGUGGUUUUAAAAAUUAAUAAUAUUUUUUUUUUGAGAUGGAAUUUUGCUCAUUGCCCAGGCUGGAAUGCAAUGGCGUGAUCUCAGCUCACUGCAACCUCCACCUCCUGGGUUCAAGAGAUUCUCCUGCCUCAGCCUCCCAAGUAGCUGGGAUUAUAGGCGUGUGCCACCAUGACCAGCUAAUUUUGUAUUUUUAGUAGAGACGGGGUUUCACCAUGUUGGCCAGAUUGGUCUCGAACUCCUGACCUCAAGUGAUCCACCCGCCUCGGCCUCCCAAAGUGCUGGGAUUACAGGUGUGAGCCACUGUGCCCGGCAUAAAAAAAAUUCUUUUUAGUAGUUAUCAGACUACUCUAACCAGUGCCAUUUUUAAACAUACUUGGACAGUAGACUCAGUUUUUUUAAUAGUUUGAAGUACAUUAUAUUAAAACUACAAACUCACUUAUUCAAGCCUAAAUUUCAUCAUAGACUAUAAAUUGGGUAUCAAUUUCCUAUUUUGGUGGACAAUUCCAGUCUGUCACUAAGACAAUCAUCUUUUUAGGUGUAAUAUUGUUUAUUAAGACAUAGGUAAUUUUAGGUUUUAUGCUUUUCUCCUAGGCUUAUGGAAUGAAAGCUAAUAGGCUGAGUUAUAUCACUUUCAGAAUGAAAUAGGGAAUUAUGGCUAGCCUUCUUAUAGGGCUGCAGUAAAUGAUACUUACAUGUUUGCUGUAUCACUGAUUUUCUUUUCUCUUCUGAAGCUGUUGUGAACGUCCACUUUGUCAUGAUUGAAAGUUGAGAUUUGUAAACAUUACAAUUUGCACCAUAAAUUUUCUCAAACAUGAAAUCAGUAUAAGUAUAAAACUUGAAAUGACCAUACAUGAGAAUCCCAAAAGUAAAUACUUCCAAACCAUAGAGGGAUAACCACUGUAUUUUUAAAAAUACUAUUCCCACCCUUCUUUGCCUGCUACUAAUUGCUUUUUUCCUAAAUUAAAACUAUGUAUUGUGGUAUAUUAAAAAUCUGCAGGAAAAAUUUGCUUAAAGUGUUUUAGCACAAUAAGAAUUUUUAUUACUCAAGAGUUGGAGACCAGCCUGGGCAACACAGUGAAACCCUGUCUCUACUAAAAUACAAAAAAAAAAAAAAUUAGCCGGGCAUGGUGGUGUGUGCCUGUAAUCCCAGCUACUUGGGAGGCUGAGGCAGGAAAAUCGCUUGAACCUGGGAGGCGGAGGUUGCAGUGAGCCGAGAUCGUGCCAUUGCACUCCAGUCUGGGUGACAGAGCGAGACUCAUUCUCAAAAAAAAAAGGAAUUUUUAUUACUAUUUCCUGAAGAAUAGUUUUUGUUAAAUUGUUUAUUAUACCAUUAAAAAGACCUUCUAAUGGUUCAGUACAAUAAUCUAGAACUUGAUUUGUGUGGCUUUUUAUAGUUAUGUGAAUGCAUUCCUUUUGCCACAUAGACCAUAUGGCUAGUUCUCCAACUGUUUUUUUGCUUGUUUUUAAUAAACCUUGCUGUUCAACAAUCAGAGAAACCUUUAUUUUGGAGCAUUCUUCCAGUUGAGGUAGAAAUGUCUUAGAUAAUAGGAAAGGCAAAUACAAAGUCCUAACAUUUUCAUAGUAGAGUUUACAAGUAAAAUAACUUAUCCAUAUAUGUUAUCUUCGUUGUGUGGCACCAGUAUAAAUAGUGGUUUCAUUAAUCAUUGAAUCAGAUGAAGCAGUUAUAAAUCACUUGUUACUUUGUGCUAAGAAUUAUUGUAAUUUCAGGCCACUUUAUUUCCUCUGAGCAGUUUCCAUUGUAAGGUUGAGUUUCCCUUUUUUAAAUUCAAAUCAUCACUAAAGGUUAAGAUAAUCAAAUAGGAGUUAAAAUAAGUUAUGUUUGAUCUUUUUCCCUUGAAAAUAAUGCUGAACUUAUUGUCUACAUUCUGAUUAUUAGGCAGAAAUGCACUUGUUUAAAUCAUAGCAGUAAUUCAUUUGGCGGAUAUAAUUACUCGAUUUUCUAGUGGUGUGAAAUACUUUUUAAAAAUUGUGCUUGUCUGUAACUGAAAUGUUAUAGAAUUGUAACACUAUAGGGAUUAUAGAGUUAUAUUUAUUAGCUCUCCUCAAGAGACUGAAGCACAAUAUUUUUCAUGUAACAAUUCUUAUCCAAGUGCUGCUAAUCUGUCGUGCAAAUAAUGAAGCUAUUUGGUUGCCUAUUUAGCUAUUCACAAAUCACUGUAAUCUUUGAAACAAUCUUGUCGUUCAUUUGUAUUAAUAUUUGGAUAUUGUGAGUUAAUACUUUAGAAAAAAAUCCAUCAACUCAGCCCUUUUAGCAAAACUGUUUGGAUUCAUUAGUUUUUAUAUGUGUUAACAGUAGAAUAAAUUUUGAAGGGGCUAUUUACUACCAAUGACUAAGAGGAAAAUGAUACUGUCACUACCAUUUGACUUGAACAUUUGUGGUAUUGUAAAAGUCUUGUCAGUUGUGUUCUAAAUUGCUUAAGCCAUACGUUCUCUUAAACAGGAUGUUUUUUGUUUUCUUCCUUUCCAGCAGCCUUUUUCUUCUUUGUCUGUUAUGGUUAAUACUCCAUAGAUUUUAGAAAUUGAGAAGUUCUUGAAACAUUUUAUUUUCUUGAGUUCAUCACUUUUGACUCUUGUAUGAGAUGUGAUUUGUCAUAAAGGAUAGCCUUUCACUACUUCACUAAAUGAAUUUCAGAGUAAACACUGUGAUUCUGCAGAGCGGAUUCAGUAGGCUUUCCAAUGUUUUCUCCUGCUAUACAGUGCCUACCACCUUGAGGGCACUUCAAUACUAGAGGAUGAAAACUGAAACGUUGUUUUGAUGUUUAUUGAAUAACGAGAUUAGAGAAUAUUUGCUUUUUGUUGUCAGUGUAUUAAAGAAAUUUUCACAUUGAUAAAUGUUCUCUAGGAAUGUGUCUACAUUCAUCAGGUGUGAACUCUUGUACAUGAAUUUUGUACCUUGAAUCCACAUAUAUAUUAAGUGUAUCAUCAAUAUAAAAAUAAACAUUAUUUGCUUAAA